CCUCAUCCAUGUAUUAAGUCGGCGUCGAUUGAAGGGAAGUGAAUUUAGGAUACGUUUCUCUCCAACCAAACUUAGUGUAGUUCUGUGGUUGGUUCGUCGGCUCCCCAAUUUCUGCACUUCCGAAGAGCAAAUAUGCAGGCCAGUGACAGGUUUAAUAUUAAUUCCCAGCUUGAGCAUUUGCAAGCUAAAUAUGUUGGAACUGGGCAUGCAGAUUUGAAUAGAUUUGAGUGGGCAGUGAACAUCCAGCGCGAUAGCUAUGCAUCAUAUAUUGGCCAUUACCCGAUGUUAGCUUAUUUUGCCAUUGCAGAAAAUGAAUCAAUUGGAAGAGAGCGCUAUAAUUUUAUGCAGAAAAUGCUUUUGCCUUGUGGGCUACCUCCUGAAAGGGAAGACGAUUAAGAACCAUGUUGGGAUGCUCUUGGAAUGUGAUUUGAUUGAUUGCCUCUUUUGUAUUGGCUUCAAGAAACAAUGUUUUUACCUAAUAUGAUACUUGUUUUUACCUAAUAUGAUACUUUAGGAGUAUGACGUCCAUUUGACUUGUAUUUGCCCACUUCUGAGGGCAUUAUUUUAUGAUUGUGAUUUGGUCUUCAUCGUUUGUUAUGUUAAAAGUAUUAUUUGAAAAUGGUUUGUACUAAAUGAAUAUAUAUAUAUAAUCACUACUAUGAUAUGGACUUCUCUUUUUGUUGAUA